UCUUUCUGCCUUCGUAUUUUUCUGCACGACACACUAAGCAGUGUUAAAAAAAAAAUUUGGUACGUCGUACACAGCUAUACUCCAUCGCUUCCAUAAUUCAACCCCGACCACUCAAAACGGAGGUCCUCUGCCUGGCUGAGGCCCCCAGAUACCAACCAUUGAACACCUACUGGCACAACAGGGCAGCUCGACCCCGCAGCUCAGCCCCCCUCUUCCGGCCAUGACGAACGACCAAAAGUCCCUCGCCGAAAAGGAAGAGGUAUUUCUGGGUCCCACCACUGCCGAGACGGAUGAGUUCUACGCCUACCAACGCGACAAUCCGGGGAAAGAGAAGGCUGAAUACCUUCAAUGGUUCGAGGGCAAAUUCGGCAAAGAGAUCGAGUUGAGACGGAGAAGGUCCGAUCAACCAUCUGAUCUCGAAUAUAUGGUCAUUAAGAAGAGAUCCAAGUAUCGGGAGCGUAUCGGGAUUGAAAGUGAGAAACUCGUAACCUACUACGAGAAUAAUCCCAAAAAAACAUACCUAGGCGCAUUAAAACGCUCGCGAGCCUCCGAGGCUAGUGCUGACAGUCCUCCCGAUCUUAAUAGCGGCGGCCCAAGCUCAGCUAAGAGAGGGAGGCGGUCAUAUGGUUCCGCGGGCCCAAUGUCCUCGUCGGCAUCCGGGCCUCCCCCCUCGUCAAUGCCCACCUUUUCUGUCGAUAUCUCGAACAACAACAACCGACCGCAACCCGAUGGCGAUAUGAACGCACCCGGAAACCAAUCUCGCCAAAUGACGCCUCAGGUUCAUGGCAACGAGGCUCCGGCGUAUCCUGGCGGUGGUGGUGGAAUGAGGGAUGAUGGUAGCCCAAGAGUGAUUCAUGGAGAAACCCCCAAACCUGGGAUCCCUCUGCCUAGUUACCCCAACAGAGUGCACCAGCCACUAGCGCCAGCUGGGUCUCCGGGGACCCCAACCCAUCGUGAUCAACCUGGUAUGCCCUUGCCACAGACACCAAUGUGGGCAGCGGUUAAUACCAAUGCUCCCUUUAUUCCAAAAGUAGGCAAGAUUGCUCCUAAACUUGAGCGGCCUUCCGCUGGGCCUCCUCAACCUCCCCAACUUCCCCAACUUCCCCAACCUCCCCAACCUCCUCAACCUCCUCAACCUCCUCAACCUCCCCAACCUGUUCAACCUGUUCAACCUGCUCAACCUGCUCAACCUCCCCAACCUCCCCAACUUCCUCAACCUGGUAGGGAGCCUCCUCAUCCUCAACAGGCGUCACCACUUGGACCGAAUCCUUCACCAGCCGCACGAGUACUGCGUAGUAACAGUAUCUCCAAGAGUGGUGGUGGAACUCCGGCAGCAGCGCCAGUUUCCCUGCCACCAAUGGGGCCUGGAGCUCCACCCCCGCCCUCUCGGAUGAUGCCUGGACCACCACCCCCUCCCGAUCCGCAGUCACCGGAGGUCCGCCCUCGACAUCCUGAACAGAAUCAGGAUGAUGAUAUGGAUCUUGAUGAACUUAGAAACCGUCUUUUCGAGGCAAACCGGAAGCAGGCUAAAGUCACGGCGGAGGUUAAUGGUUUGGAGGAGCAGGUUCAAAAAUUAGAAAGGCAGGAACUGUUGAGGCAGCACGAGAUGGAUGUUCGAAGAUUCAAGGGAAUUGAGCAGAGUUUUGUUGCAGAGAGGGAAAGGCUGGUGUCCGAGAUCAUGUCGCAAAAGGCGUGGAACAACGACCUUCAGCGCGGAAAUCUGGAAUUGCAAGAUAUCAAGGGCAAGUUGGAAAUCGAUGUCGGCCGACUCUUGGACGAGAGAAACCAUGCCAUCCAUGCUCUUCGACACCAUGAGGCCAAGCUCUACACGAUUACCCAGGCCUUUGAGAUUCUAGGUGGGCCUGAGGCUCGUAAGAGGGCUGCCGCUGCAAAGUACGGACCGGCGAUAACGUCGCCUACUGAGUACGAUCAUCGCUCUCAUAAAGACAAGGAAGAUCUUGACUCGUGGGUCAACAAAAAGUUUGCGAUUGAUGCUUCUAACGAGGGUCAACUAAAGAACCUUGUGACUGAUCUUGCGAAUGCCGGCGUGUCUGAUUUUGGCAGUAAAAUUAGGAGCCUGGAGGUGUUUGUGAACGGUAUUAGUGUGGAAAGGGAGAAGCUCCAAGCGGAAUGGACUUCAAGGCUGUCUUCUCCCUCUAGAAGGGAGACACAGACUCCGGAAGCGGGGAAGUCGCAUGGUUCUUAUACAACCUCUGAUAAACAGACUCCCCCAGCCACCACCACUGCCGUAACAACCCCCCAAGAGCACUCUCCUCUGCAGCAGCUGGCCAAGUCCAAUUCUAAAGUUAAACCAGAUCCGAGCCGCCCCGCAACUCCGGAAGAAAGGGCUGUCCGAGGAAACCGGAGCGGAGAUAUCGAGAUGAAAGGCUGAGCGAAUUAUUCUUGUGAAGGGUUGUGAGUAAGUUUCCUUACGUUCAAAACUUGUAAUACUAGCUAUCUUCUGUUCUUUUCCUUCAAUCAUUCGGUUCUUGUACAGAUGAGCUAUUAUCAGCCUUUCUCGAUACCUCUGUUUUUUGCCUCUUUGCCUCUUCCUUCUUUUUUCUCUUUUAUUCGGCACCUUUUUUUGUUAUUAUUUUACUUUCUUGUCUAAAGCUUGAGAAACGAGGUCAUGAAAAGUUUAGGGGGGGCGCAUCUGGAUUCGAGUCUUUUUCCUUUUUCCUCUUUCCUCUCAUACAAAACGGAUGUCUUUAGUUUCAUUCUGGCUUUUUCCUAGCACCGUUCUUUCCCGGUUUCCGUUUGUCUAGAAUGCUGG